GCCCGUGCUUGCGCUCAGCCCGCGGGGUGGCCACCGGCGCGUCCCCGGCCUGGAGCGCGGAGCGGGCGUCGGGCGACACGCGCCCCGGGCCCGAGCGUCCGCGCGGCAGAGGCGCAGCCCGAGCCCGGCGGCCGCUCGGUCCCUGCCCACCCCGGCCCGCUCCUGCCCGCCCCCCGGGCGCUCCCUGGCCGUCCCAGGGCUUCGCUUUGGGUUUUUUCUUUCUUUCUUCUUUUUUUUUUUUUAAUUGGGGGGUGGGUGGGAGGGUUGUCUGCUUCGCCCCUUCCCUAAUGAUGAAAGUGCUCAAGCCGUUCAGGAAUAAGACUUGGAGGGAAUUUGGAGACGCCAAGAAAGAAUCGCCGAGCAGAGGCGCGCCGGGGGCUCCGGAGGGGGCCUGAGUGGGGAGCGACACCGUCCGGGCCGUUCCUCUCGGGGCGCCGCGGUGUGCCGGCGCCCGUCUGCUGAGGACGCCCCGGGCCCGGACCCUCCGAGGCGGGCACCGAGGCCAGCGGACACCCCCGCCGCCGGCGCCCUCCCGCGCUCCCGCCCGCCCCCCGCACGCCCCGGGCCGGGGUCCCCGCGCGCCGACCAUGCCCGCGCGUCGGGGGGCGCCGUGCGAGCCGGCCGGCUGCGGCUCCGGCCUGGGGGCGGCGCUGGCGCUGCUGCUGCUGCUGCUGCUGCCCGCCGGCCGCCCGGUGCGGGCGCAGAACGACACGGAGCCCAUCGUGCUGGAGGGCAAGUGCCUGGUGGUGUGCGACUCCAGCCCGUCGGCCGACGGCGCCGUCACCUCCUCGCUCGGCAUCUCCGUGCGCUCGGGCAGCGCCAAGGUGGCCUUCUCGGCCACGCGCAGCACCAACCACGAGCCGUCGGAGAUGAGCAACCGCACCAUGACCAUCUACUUCGACCAGGUCCUAGUCAACAUCGGCAACCAUUUCGACCUUGCCUCCAGCAUAUUCGUAGCGCCGCGGAAAGGGAUUUACAGCUUCAGUUUCCAUGUGGUCAAAGUGUACAACAGACAAACCAUCCAGGUGAGUUUGAUGCAGAACGGCUACCCGGUGAUAUCGGCCUUUGCGGGGGACCAAGACGUCACGAGAGAGGCGGCCAGCAAUGGCGUGUUGCUGCUCAUGGAGCGAGAAGACAAAGUUCACCUCAAACUGGAGCGGGGCAACCUCAUGGGCGGCUGGAAAUACUCCACCUUCUCGGGCUUCCUGGUCUUCCCUCUCUAAGGCAGAGCCCCCAGCUGGGGGGGAUGCAGAGUCCACGAAUCCGCCGUUCCUCGACCCCCCAUCCCCACCCCUCCCCGGACUUGUCCGAAUAGGACCACCUCCUCCGACAGAUGUUUGCGGUGGAAGAAUGAUGUCCUGCAUUUCCAGAAUUUUCUUUGAGUAUUGACAGUUCCUCAGGAUCCUGGCCUCUAAUGAGUUUUAGGCAGCGAGGCCUGAAGGAGAAGGGAAUGAUCGACAGGAGCGGUUUGUACCUGUGAUUGUCAAGUCACCGAACAGGGGAUGUUCCGCUCAGCAUCACUGACUUUGCUUUCCUGGGAGGCGCCCUGCUGAGCCCGGCCCACACAGGCUGUCUGCAGGUGACAGCGGGACUCGGCCUGGCUCUCGCAGACCCUGAACUGUGUUGUCUGUGUGUCUGUACAGCCUUAAGACAAGUGUGGCUUCACCUUCAUGCUGUGUCCCCGGGGAGAAUGGGAGGCCUCGGGAGGGGGCAGGGGACAUUGUGAAUCUGUCAAGAAGUGCUUUAUCCAGAGAAGCAAAUUUUGCACGAUUGGACCGUGACUUUUGUAUUGUCGGUGUGUGUCUUUAUGGUUUAUUCUUUCCCGUGCAAAGCUUUAUUUUCGUUCCACUCUGCUCUCCCGCCUCGCCUCUACUUCUAUUUUUCCUGCUGGGAAGAGGAAAAGCUGUUGAAUUCCUGGAGGAGACCAAACAAAACCAAACACACACACACACACACACACACACAAAAUAGCCGGGCGUAUUGUUUGGGAUGAGACCAAUCCAUCAGCUGCUCCUGGCCGUGGACGUGAACGUGAUACAUGGGCAAUUCCGCUUCUCCUCUCGAGUAGAUGCUCUCAAGCACCUUCCAGAUUCACCACCUGGGUAUUUUUUUUUCCUUUUCGUGUGAGCUCUGGAAUACUUUGAGGACCUGAUUCAUUCGCAGAGGGCCUGAGUCAGCCCUGGGGUGGGGCUUCCCAGCGCUGGAUUUUUGUGAAUUUGGAUUACUUUGCUUUGGGCACCUCGGAUCAGGAGCUUCAAAGGCAGCAGGGACAGCUCCUGCCUCUUGGGACCUUCCUCUGGUGUGCCGGGGAUUGGAGACCGGGCACUGCUUGCCAGCACUGGGUGGAUGCCACCUGCCACCAGGAUGAAGGCGGUGAUGGGGAGCCCCGGGAGGAAGCCUUUCCUCCUGCCUCACGCAGCAGCGUUCCUGGAGUCUCCGUUGAGAGCUGAGGGGCGCAGGAUUGGUAUGCCAAGGAAAUGUCACUAAUCCCAAAGCAAUCAAAGAAGAGACCUCAAACCGGAUGUUAAUUUGUCCUUUGUGUAACAAUGUAACCAAAAUAUUGAUGAUACAAAGUCAUAAUUUAAGAUUCAGAAUAAAAGGGUUUGAUGUCU